CUGCAUUCCUGCCGGUGGAUCGUACCAUUCAGCGUUAGCUCCGCAGCUCUCAGGCGCUCGCAUAUCGCAAUAAUUAAAUGCAAAUGUGUUCCGAUAUAUUUCAAGGUUAAUUUUUGUAUUAGUGACACUAUUUAUCCCAGAAAACACGGAGGUUAACAGAGUUUGUUCAAGCUAGCAUCGCCCCCCCGGCUCUCCAUAUAAAGUGGUACGCUCCUCUUUCCUUCUGCCAUGUUGGAUGCUCCCACAGCUCCUGAAGCUGCCGGACUUUCCCAGGGAAAGUUCACUGUUUAUUUUCUUUACGGACGUGCCGGGAGUGCGUAGUUCACGGUUCUCGUAAAACAGAUAGCAUAAAGAUUAGUGUGAAGUAGCAGAAAAGCCUGGGAGACGGCCCACAUAACGGUCCUCGGCCCUCCUGCCCGGCCCCGGGAGUCGGACUGAGGGGAGAUGAUCCGGUUGCAGGCCACAGCAACCGGAGCCCGCAUGGAAGCCGCCUUGUAAUUAGACCAGAAAGUUCAACCCGGUUCUGGGAUACGUGCGUCGUGCCUGGGGAGUGUAACGGAACUGGUCUGGAGCCAUGAACAGCCACCCUCCUCCCCGCAGAGCGGUGAACGUCGGCUCCCUGCUCCUCACCCCGCAGGAGAACGAGUGUCUGUUCGGGUACCUGGGCAGGAAAUGCGCCACUCUGUUUUCAGCAGUGGUCCAGGUGUACGCUGCUGACCGAAGCUGCAGCUGGGUGAAACGAUGCUGUGGAGUGGCGUGCCUGGUCAAAGACAACCCUCAGAGGUCUUACUUCAUCAGAGUGUUUGAUAUCAAGGAAGGAAAAGUCAUGUUUGAACAAGAACUAUACCAGAAUUUCUCUAUCAGCAGCUCCAGGCCUUACUUCAUCUCGUUCCCAGGAGAUAGCUGUCAGAUCGGUUUAAACUUCGCCAGCGAGGAAGAGGCCAAACGCUUUAGGAUGGCAAUCAAUGACCUGGUCAACCGGAGGCAGCGGAGAACAGACAAAAGAGGUGACCUGAAAAAUGGUCCCUCUCUGCCCAUGGCCACAGUGGACAUAAAGAACCCAGAGAUCAAUAAUGUCCGAUAUCACAACUCACACAGCCACCAGCAGCCCUACCACCUCAACAACGUGCUGAGCCACAGCAGCCUGAUCCGCAGAGACAAGAAAACUAAAGGCAAGAAGAAGAAACUGACCAAGGCUGACAUCGGCACGCCCAGCAACUUCAAGCACAUUGGUCAUGUGGGCUGGGAUCCAAACACAGGUUUUGAUCUGAACAACCUGGACCCUGAGCUGAAGAACCUGUUUGACCUGUGUGGGAUCUCAGAGGCUCAGCUGAAGGACCGAGAGACGUCUAAAGUCAUCUAUGACUUCAUUGAGAAGAAGGGCGGCGUGGAGGCCGUGAAGAACGAACUGAGGAGGCAGGCUCCCCCUCCCCCUCCCUCUCGUGGCGGCCCUCCUCCUCCG